AUAGUCUUUUUGUGAUAUCAGAAGGAAACAUAUAACAAGCAACAUGAAAAUCGUCUUAGCUUUCCUAGCUCUUGCUGUCAUCAGUGCACAGGGCGCAACUCUGACCGACGCUCAGAAAGAAAAACUGUUGGAAUUUCACAGGGAAUGCAAGGAAUCCUCAGGAGUAGAACAAAUCGUUAUUGACGACGCAAAGGCCGGGAAAUACGCAAACGAUCCAAAAAUAAAGGCCCAUCUUUUCUGCGUGUCAAAGAAGAUCGGUUUACAAAACGAAGCCGGAGAAAUCCAGAAGGACGUUAUGAUGGCAAAACUGUCUGCUCUUCUUAACGACCAGGAAAUCGCCAAGAAAAUGGUGGAAUUGUGCGCCAAGCCUGAUUCUACGCCGGAAGAAACGUCCUAUUCUGUUUUGAAGUGUUAUUACCAAAAUACACCCGACCAUGUUUCUUUAAUUUAAAUAAAAAUACUUAAUAAAAUAACAAAU